AUGGCUUUCCGCACCACGGCAGAAGAAAUGGAGAGACUUCAACUAUCCGAUGACGACACAGAGGACCUCUGGAACUCCCCAUCCAAGAGGGCGACCCACAAAAAUAUCAACCCAAGAACCUCUGACGAGAAGACUACACCAGAACCUCGAGCUUCCCAUGAUGGCGAGGAUCCUCUCUUUGAUGACCAGGAGGCCCGGGAGGCUGCUCUCCGGAUGGAGUUACAAGGUGUGCGGAAUAUCAACGAAGUGAUAGAAGGACUUCUGGGAAGUUUGGACUCCGCCAAGGGAAACAUGGAGACAGUUUCACAAACUGUUACUUCGGCCUCGACACUCCUCAACACGUGGACUCGCAUCCUUUCCCAAACCGAGCAUAAUCAGCGAUUGAUCCUCAAUCCUAACUGGCAAGGCGCUACUCAGGAUGUGAUUGACAUCGAGAACCAAGCGAUUCAGAGACAGCAAGCGGCAGAAAGACGUGAACAGGCACUCCAGCAACAAAGAGAAGCAGCAGCGCGAAAAGCUGAGGAAAUUGAAAAGCGACGCGCACAGGUCACUCGGGGUGCACGAGGCACCCGCGGAACUACGAGGGGCACAGUUCGAAGCACUGGCUUAGGAAGAACGCCGAGUGUCAGCACUACCCGCACGGCAACACGGGGGGUCUACGACAACUCAACGGCCAGUCAGUGGGAUAGCACGAGGAAGUGGAAUUUCUCGCGGUACGACGACAUUAUGAAUUUCGCCCCAUAUCAAGAUCAAUCACCAGAGAUUGAGCGUGCCCUAUCCCCUCCCCACCCGGAUAGUCACCGAAUAUCCCCCAUCCUCCGCUCACCGCGAGCCUCGGCCGACCUACCCUCCCCUAGUCACUUUGCUGGCGGCGGACAUGGCAACACAGGCUUUGGUCGAGACGUCGAGGGGGGCCACGUGAGCUUAGGGGCUUUUGAAACAAGUCUUCCCAUUCGCAUGGAUAUCGAAGCAGCACUGGCGUAUCUGCUUCUGCCUCCUGCGGGGGGUGUAUUCCUGCUACUGGCUGAACACAAGAGCGACUAUGUGCGAUUUCAUGCUUGGCAAUCAAGUAUGUUAUUUGCUACCAUGUUUAUCAUCCACCUUCUUUUCUGCUGGUCGAGCUUUCUCUCCUGGACAUUGUUUAUUAUCGAUAUUGCUUUAAUUGGCUUCCUCAGCAUGCAUGCUUACCAAGAUGUUGAUACUUUGGACCACUUUGAGGUCCCAUUUUUUGGCCGUCUGGCUAACUCCUUUGUUGAUGAUGAGUGA